GGAAGACAAGAUCAAGAAGAAACCAACAGCAUUUGUAAAUGCUACUUAAAAGCUAUUCCUGGUUUUGUAGACAGUUUUAGGUUGACAAAUAGGGAAUUUGGAGGUGAAUAGAAGUGUUAAGUUGAUGUAGGAGAGUUUUUUUAGUUCUUGAUUGGAACAUAUCAUUACAACUGGAGCCUGGUUUGGAGAGCCUGUAUUGCCUGCCACGAUGGGUCGUCGCAAUAAAAAGUCUCAAGCUGCAAAACGGCGCUAUAUUCCACUGGAUUUGCAUGGAGAAGGGCAGCUACUGCCUAAGGCACAGAAGUCUUUGGCUGAUGUUGAGAUGCCACCACUAAAGCGACAUUGCAUGACACGCAACAAAGGUGGCACACUACAACCUGUAAGAACCAUUGUGGAAACCAAUAGAGCUUUAUUCGAAAAAGAAGCAGAAUUGCUUAAGUUGGCUGAACAAGAAAUGAAUGAUGAGCUUUUACAGGAUGCGUGGUGUCAAUUAUGUCCUCAGCAGGAAGAGGAAAGACUUGAGUGCAAGCAGAACUUGCAAAAUGUAUCCAUGGAUGAUGAGGAGUGGGAGGAAAUCCCUGAUUUGGCCGAUUUAGAUGGGAAUGGUUUUGUCUUGGAAAAAGACUCCAAGUCUCUGUCUAAACCUGAAGCAAUGGCCCUAAUACGGUCUUUGAAUGAAACUCAAUUAGCAAUUUUUUAUCAAAUUAGACAAUGGUGUUUAGACAAGAGAUUAGGCAACAAUCCAGAACCUUUUCACGUUUUUAUUACCGGAGGAGCAGGAGUGGGAAAGAGUCAUUUAAUUAAAGCUAUACAUUGUGAGGCUAGUCGAUUACUUCGCACAGAUAGUGGCAGGCCAGAUGACAUUUUAAUACUCUUAACUGCACCAACUGGCAUUGCAGCCUAUAACUUACAAGCAAGCACAAUUCAUAGUGCUUUAGCAAUUGGUACAGCUAUAAAAUUGCCGUACACUCCACUUGGUGAAGAGAAAUUAAACUCUUUACGAAGUCAAUUGGGAAAUUUACAAAUUUUGGUUAUUGAUGAAAUUUCAAUGGUAAAUCAAACAUUGCUGGCAUAUGUGCAUGGGAGGCUGAGACAGAUAAAACAGACAGGUGACUUUGCUCCAUUUGGAAAUUUGAGCAUUAUUGCUUGUGGGGACCUAUUUCAGUUAAGUCCAGUCAGAGGAAAACCUUUAUACAUGGAUGCAGAUGGUGUGGAUUUAUGGAAAACAUAUUUCUCUGUUGUUGAACUGACAACAGUAGUUAGACAAAAAGACACAACAUUUGCUGAGUUGUUAAACCGUCUACGAAUUAAAUCUAAAACUACUCCUCUUAGUGCAAGUGAUGUCAGACUUUUGCGGCAAAGGGAAACCGGUGAGGAAAGUACAGCAUUACAUAUAUUUCCAACCAAUGAGCAAGUGCAAGCACACAAUAUGCAGGGCCUACGAUCCUCUUGCGAUGAAAUCAUUUCAAUCAAAUCCAAAGACUACAAAAAAGAGCAGAAAACAGGAAGGGUGGUUUUACUAAAAGGCCAGCACUCACGAGUGCACAACAGUUCGCUUUGUUCAGAGCUGUGUUUGGGUAUAGGGGCUCGAGUGAUACUUAUAAAAAACAUUGAUCUUUCAGACAACUUAGUCAAUGGAGUUUGUGGUUCUGUCACACACAUAGUUCAAAAAGAUGCAACAUCACUGCCAACGAUGGUCUAUGUGUUAUUUGAUGACCCAAAAGUCGGCCUUCAAAGAAGGAAACAACAACCUUGUCCAAAUGUGCAUUUAACCAAUUCUACUCCUAUAUGCCCUGUGGAAGAAAGGAUAGAUUACAAAGGAGGCAUGCGCAGGCAAAUACCUUUAAAAUUAGCUUAUGCACUUACUAUUCACAAGGUGCAGGGCUUAACACUAGAUCAAGCUGUUGUAUCAUUGGGUAAAGUCUUUGCUCCUGGGCAGGCUUAUGUUGCACUUAGUCGUGUAAAAUCUCUCCCUGGCUUAAUUAUUCAACAGUUUUCUGAGAAGGCUAUUUACUGCAAGGAAGACAUUCAGCAAGCAAUAAAUGAAAUGCCAAAGUUCCUAUGCAAUGCUACACACUUUGGUAAAUGCUCAGACACAUUCACAAUUUGGUUGAUGAACAUUCAAGGAUUACGAAAUCAUUUGGAAGACUUAAAAUGCUGUGUUGAGAGAUCUCUUCCAAAUUGUGUAGCUGUAACAGAAACUUGGUUGCCAGAAACUGUUUCUGUUCAGCAAGUACAAAUCCAUGGCUAUGAAUUCCAUAGCAGUCCUCGUGGCUUAUCAUACUCUUCCCAGAACAAAGACCUAUGUGAAAUGCGCACACAACAACACGGUGGAGUUGGAUGGUACAUACAGUGUGACCAAAAGUACAAGAUGCAUACUAUUUCCGAUCCAAAUGUUGAAUGCUCCAUAUCACAUUUCCUUGAUAAAAAUGUCAUAAUCGCUGCGGUUUACAGGCCCCCAAAAUAUGCCUUGAAACUGUUUAUGCAAAAUCUAAACAAAAUAAUUGAAUAUUUAUCAAGUGUAACAUCGAAUAUUAUUUUCAUGGGGGAUUUUAACGAAAAUAUUUUCAAAACUAAAAGCCUGUUAACUUAUAUGGCACAAAGAGGCUUUCAGCAAAUUGUGUCUAAUGCCACAACUGAUACAGGGUCUUUAUUAGAUCACAUUUACGUCAAAACACACUUAGCUAAUUGUGUCAGCGCUUCAAUUAUGCCUUUAUAUUUCAGUGACCAUCAGGGAAUUGUAUGUAGUCUCAAUAUGUAGCAAAGGAAUGUA